AUGAACCGAAGGACAAGACAGCCUCAGGCAGAGCCAGAGCCAGCGCCAGUGUCGGCACCCAAGCGAUCCCCACGACCACCCUCCAAACCCAAGCACAAACAGAUAAUCAGCACGAAUGUCCUCUUUUUGAUAGUGUUGGCCAUUGUGGCGGGAGUCUACGGGUUGGUUGUCUUUGGCUUUUACGAGCACGAAGAAUCUACGAGUAAUAGCCAGAACAACAAAAAUCAAGGUGGCAAACACAAUCCUGCUAUUGAAAGUAAACAAGAAGAACGACGCAUGGCCAAGCAGGAAAAUAAUAACAACUUGCGAGGAGGACAACAAGCAGCAGUCGACACUACCCAGUAUCCCUUCUGGAGAGACUUGGUGGUAAAAUUGGGAACAAUGUCGGCGGCCGAUGCUCUGCGAGAACUCAAAGAAAAGGAUCCCUUUGGUGUACGUGCCUUUGAACAAGCCUUGUUGGACCAGGAAACCAAUCUAGGUCGGCUCCUGGAACACGAUGAAAUUGAAGCCCUCUUUCCCUGUCCAUCGUCUCGCAUCACAUUGCCGGAUCAACGCAAUUUGCAAAAAGCACGAGAUUUUCGAAACAACAAACCCGGGACCUUUUUAUUCUUUCAACAUUUGCGCAAAGCCGGAGGAACCCAUUUCUGUUCCCUCGCUCAAGCCAAUCUACCCAAAAACAACGUGGCACAAUACUACUGCAUGCCCGACAUGAAAUGGUCGGGGGGCAAAAAAGCCGGAUAUCUCCAUGCGUGGGCGAAUGACGAAAUCACACGACGCAUGGCAGAAGAACACAGUCGAAUUGCCGGUAACGAAUGGGACUGGUUCGAUGUCGAACAUCAUUUUGACUUGCCGGCCGUAUUUGCCACCAGUUUUCGAUUACCACUCAAUCGGGCAUUGUCGCAGUUUCGAUUUGAAUGCGUCGAAGAUCGAGGAUGCAAAGGAUUGGAUGUGGAAACCUUUUGGACCCGACGAGAGGAUCUCUACAAUGUCUACACACAAACGUUUGCCGAUACGCCCAAAACGUUUGGGAAACUCCGAAAAGCAUACGAAGGGAUCGUCCCCGAUGCCGACCAGAGACGAGCCGAAAUUAUUGGCAGGGCGUUGGAUACUGUGGCCAAAUUCAAUCUCGUCUUGAGCAUGGAGUUCUUGGCAUACGCGGGACCUCUGGUGGAUAAGGUGUUGGGAUUUCAUGACACGUCCCCACUCACCAAACGGGUCCGACCACACAUCAAUCAAGCCAAGAGAAACGAUGGACAAGAAGUCAACGCAUUAGGAGCGGCAGGCAUCAACAAAGCAAGUUGGGAUCCCGAACAGUAUUUGAGCCCGGCACAGUACAAGAUAAUGAGCGAGCAUUUGGCCUUGGAUUCAAUCCUCACCGAUGCCGCCAGGAGAAUGUUCUUGGAACGGUUGAUCUGCACUGAUUUGGACGAAUAA